CCGAUCUCCAGCCACAAAUCCAAAAAAAUCCACCUCAAGGCUCAAGCAAUCACUCCAGUCGCAAGCGGCAAGCCACAAUCACCACACUGUCGCCAUGGAGCUCUCCACAACCUCAUCUUCUCUCUUCCUCAUCCUCCUCCUCCCUUUUCUGCCCCUCCUGUACUUCCUCUACCUGCACCAGGAUCCCAAGAAGAAGGCUCACACCCAUGGGCUCAAGUCCUACCCUGUGGUCGGCACGCUGCCGCACUUCAUCAAGAACAAGGACCGCUUCCUCGAGUGGUCGACCGCCGUCAUGACGCGCAGCCCCACGCACACCAUAGCGUUCAAGGAGCUCGGCCUCACCGGUGGCGUCAUCACCGCCAACCCAGACAACGUCGAGCAUAUCCUCAAGACUAACUUUGAUAACUACCCCAAGGGCGAGCUCGCCGUGUCCAUGCUCGAGGACUUCCUUGGCCACGGCAUCUUCAAUUCCGACGGGGAGCAGUGGCUAUGGCAGCGCAAGGCCGCCAGUUACGAGUUCAACAAGCGCUCGCUGAGGAACUUCGUGGUGGACGCCGUCCGGUUCGAGGUCGUCGACAGGCUACUGCCGCUGCUGGAGCGUGCGGGAAGCGACGGACGGACGCUGGACGUGCAGGACGUGCUCGAGCGCUUCGCGUUCGACAACAUCUGCCGCGUGGCCUUCGAUGAGGACCCGGCGUGCCUCACCGAGCAGAGCAUGGCGGCGCCCCAGAGCGCGGAGUUCAUGCGCGCGUUCAACGACGCGCAGAACGCCACCUUGUCCCGGUUCAACUCGCCGGCCAAGUCGCUGUGGCGCGUCAAGAAGCUCUUCAACAUGGAGCCCGAGAAGCGGAUGCGGGAGGCGAUCGCCACGAUCCACGGCUACGCGGAGCGGAUCGUCCGGGAGCGCAGGGAGAGGAGGGAGGCCGGGCUGGCACGCAGCGACGACUUCCUGUCUCGCUUCGCCGCGGGCGGCGAGCACAGCGACGAGAGCCUCCGGGACGUGGUCACCAACUUCAUCCUCGCUGGGCGCGACACGACGUCGUCGGCGCUGACCUGGUUCUUCUGGCUGCUUUCCGGCCGGCCCGACGUGCAGGACAAGAUCGUCCGCGAGGUCCGCUCAGUCAGGCAGUCGUCGGGCAGCGGGGGAACGGGCGGCGCGGCCGCGGCGACGUUCAGCUUCGACGAGCUGAGGGACAUGCAGUACCUCCACGCGGCCAUCACCGAGUCGAUGCGCCUGUACCCGCCGGUACCCUUCGACACGCACAGCUGCAAGGAGGAGGAGUUCCUGCCGGACGGCACGUUCGUGGGGAAAGGGUGGCUGGUGACCUACUGCGCGUACGCGAUGGGGCGGGUGGAGGACGUGUGGGGCGCGGACUGCGAGGAGUUCCGGCCGGAGCGGUGGCUGGACGAGGCGGGCGCGUUCCGGCCGGAGAACCCUUUCAAGUACCCGGUGUUCCACGCGGGCCCUCGGAUGUGCCUCGGCAAGGAGAUGGCCUACAUACAGAUGAAGUCCAUCGUGGCGUGCGUGCUCGAGAGGUUCAGCCUCCGGUACGCGCGCGACGGCGGGGCGCACCCGGGGUUCAUCGUCUCGAUUACGCUGCGGAUGGAGGGCGGUUUGCCGAUGAAAGUGGCCAUCAGGGAGUAACCUUACCAGACCAAGCCUGCUGAGAGAUUAGCUGGAGCUGUCGACUUCAUCGCUUACUUUUGUAGUACUGUCGUUUGGUUCUCGCUUGAUACGGAAAAUAAAACGGAACUGGUGUUCGGGUAUUUUCUGAAUGGCGAAUGGUCCACACGGCCCUCACGUGUCGCCUGUCCGAGCGGGACCGCGGGUGGAGGGGAAGCAUGGUUGUUGUCGAUGUGUCCCCAUCCCGAGGGGCGUCCAUAAUGAGCAAAUUUCACCCUCUAAUAUGAUUCACGUUAUAUGUUAUUAUAUAGUGUUAUUCAGUGUUAUUAUAGACACUAAUAUAUGAGUCGUUAUUUUUAAAGAGUCACGAGCCAGUGACGAUAAUUGUAAUGACAUUGACAUUACGACAGAUAUUAUGAUAGAGGAUAUAAAUCUCCUUCAAUCACUCUCGCGGCUCUCAUACACGUAGCAUCCGAUGUCUCGUAUCCAUC